GCUUAACAAAGCUGGCAGUGUCGAGGUGUCGAGUUUCUGUACUCCGUAGCGCUGUCUAGAACCAGGCAGCAAGCAGCGUCACGAUAGGCCGCAACAGCCACCCAACCACGCGCCGCGGAGGCUACGGGCUGCAGAAAAAUAAAGCCGAGGAGGAGACCCCCCGUCUUGAGUUUCUCUAAUCAAGAAAUAGAGACUGAAAUCCUUUGAAAAGUCGAGGCAAAGUGGAAUUAAUCUUGUGUAUGGUUUUGGGAAGCUCUUUACAGAAAUGGCGAAAACAUGUGCGGAGGUUUGACGUGUGUUUAACUGGCUUUAUGCCUUUUUUAUGAGGGGAUCAAAAACUUGUCUGGCAACGGAGAGAGCCAGUGAGAAAGACGGAGCUUCUGUUCAGAAAGAUCUGAGACUGAGGGGGCAAGGAAGAAGGCAGUACAUCGUGGAGUCGUCAGACUAGGAAUGGCAGGUCUGGCCCCAGUGUCUGCGACGCGUGAGGACCAGGCCCCGAGCUGCGGAGCAGGCAGCUGAACCCCACCGGCGCUCGGGCAGAAUGACGCAGCAGGGGAGGCCCUAGCAGACCAAGCCAAGAGGAAGAAGCUGAAGAGGAAGAAGAAGAUGGGUGUCAAUGCCUCCAGCUACCCGCACUCGUGCUCCCCUCGCAUCGGGGGCAACUCGCAGGCCCAGCAGACCUUCAUAGGGACGUCGUCGUACUCCCAGCAGGGCUACGGCUGCGAGCCCAAGCUCUACAGCCUGGAGCACGGCCACGACAAGCCCCAGGACAAGAAGAAGAAGAGCUCGGGCCUGGCCACGCUCAAGAGGAAGUUCAUCAAGCGGCGCAAGUCCAGCCGCUCGGCCGACCACGCCAAGCAGAUGCGGGAGCUGCUGUCGGGCUGGGACGUGCGGGACGCCAACGCGCUGGUGGAGGAGUACGAGGGCACCGCCGCCCUCAAGGAGCUCAACUUCCAGGCCAGCCUGGCGCGGCCCGAGGCGCCCAGCCUGCAGCGCGACCUGGCCGCCCUCUACCAGUACAAGUACUGCACGGACGUGGACCUGAUCUUCCAGGACACCUGCUUCCCCGUGCACCGCGCCAUCCUGGCCGCCCGCUGCCCCUUCUUCAAGACGCUGCUGUCCUCCUCGCCCGAGUACGGCGCCGAGGUCCUGAUGGACAUCAACACGGCGGGCAUCGACAUGCCCAUGUUCUCGGCGCUGCUGCACUACCUGUACACGGGCGAGUUCGGCGUGGAGGACUCGCGCUUCCAGAACGUGGACAUCCUGGUGCAGCUGAGCGAGGAGUUUGGCACGCCCAACUCGCUGGACGUGGACAUGCGCGGCCUCUUCGACUACAUGUGCUACUACGACUCCCUGCUCAGCUUCUCCUCCGACUCCGAGCUGGUGGAGGCCUUCGGGGCCGGCGGCGGGGGCGGGGCCGGGGGCGGGGCCGGCUGCGGCGUCGCCGGGGGGCAGGGCUGCCCGGAGGAGGAGCUGCGGGCCCACAAGGCCGUGCUCUCGGCCCGCUCGCCCUUCUUCCGGAACCUCCUGCAGCGGCGCAUCCGGACGGGCGAGGAGAUCACGGACCGCACGCUCCAGACGCCCACCCGCAUCAUCCUGGACGAGUCCAUCAUCCCCAAGAAGUACGCGCGGGUGAUCCUGCACUGCAUGUACACGGACGCGGUGGACCUGUCCUACGUGCUGCCCUGCAGCCCCUCGGUGGGCAGCCUGAGCGAGGUGCAGGCCCUGGUGGCCGGGAAGAGCAGCAUGACCCGCGCCGAGGAGGCCAUGGAGCUCUACCACAUCGCCCUCUUCCUGGAGUUCAACAUGCUGGCACAAGGUUGCGAGGACAUCGUGGUGGAGAGCAUCUCGCUGGACUCGGUCAUCACCAUCCUGAAAUGGAGCUCGCAGCCCUACGGCUCCAAGUGGGUCCACCGGCAGGCCCUCCACUUCCUGUGCGAGGAGUUCAGCCACAUCGUGACCUCGGACGUCCUGUACGAGCUGAGCAAGGAGCACCUGCUCACCGCCAUCCAGUCCGACUACCUGCAGGCCAGCGAGCAGGAUAUUCUCAAGUACGUCGUCAAGUGGGGAGAGCACCAGCUUAUUAAGAGAAUGGCAGACCGAGAGCCCAACCUGCUGAGCGGCACGGCCCACAGCGUCAACAAGCGCGGCGUGAAGAGGCGGGACCUGGACCUGGAGGAGCUGAAGGACAUCCUGUCCCCGCUGAUGCCCUACGUGCGCAUCGAGCACAUCCUCCCGGCCCACAGCGAGGUGCUCUCCGACGCGAUGAAGAGGGGCCUGAUCAGCACCCCUCCCUCGGACAUGCUGCCCACGGCGGAGGGGGGCAAGGCCAACGCCUGGCUGCGGCAGAAGAGCGCGGGCAUCUACGUGCGGCCCCGCCUCUUCUCGCCCUACGUGGAGGAGGCCAAGUCUGUCCUGGACGAGAUGAUGGUGGAGCAGACGGACCUGGUGCGUCUGCGCAUGGUGCGCAUGUCCAACGUGCCCGACACCCUCUACAUGGUCAACAACGCUGUUCCGCAGUGCUGUCACAUGAUCAACCACCAGCAAAUCAGCGGCAGCCAGGCCGUCCCCCCGUCUGUGGUGGCCAAUGAGAUACCAGUGCCCAAGCUGUCGGUGGUGCGGGAGAUGAUCCGGAGGCUGCAGGAGCUGCGGCACACGGACCAGGUGCAGCGGGCGUACGCGCUCAACUGCGGCGAGGGCGCCACCGUCAGCUACGAGAUCCAGAUCCGCGUGCUCCGGGAGUUCGGCCUGCCCGACGGCGCCGCCGAGCUGCUGCAGAACCCGCACAAGUUCUUCCCGGAGGAGCGCUUCGGAGACGAGAGCCCGGUCCUGGCCCUGCGCCAGGCGGGGCGUUGCCGGGUCAACAGCACCCCGGCGGUGGAGAGCAUGUACACCGACGUGGACGCGCUGGCCAGCUUCCACCCGCCCCUGCCCCCGCCCCCUCCGCCCUACCACCCGCCCACCACGCCCAGCCACGCCCAGCUGAAGGCGGGCUGGAGGCCCCGGGCCCCCAGCCAGCCCCCAUCCCGCUCCUUCUCCUACCCCUGCAACCACACCUUGCUCCAGCGCCACCCCUCCUCCAAGCACAGCAGCCCCGCCUACCCGCCCGACUGCACCAACCCCCAGGGCGGGGGCCGGACCCUGCACCCCGACAAGCAGGGGAACAUGGAGCCGGUGAUCAACGAGUUCAUGCCGGACAUCGCCAUGGGCGUCUCAGCCAUGAGCCUUAAGGAGCGGCGGAUGGCCGAGGCGGCGAGCGACGGCGAGGGCCGCGACCCCCACUCCAUCGCCUUGACGACGGGCCCCGCGCCCCACUACCCCACGGGGCUCUGCCCCCCCGGCAGGCACGGCCACGCCUCCUGCAAGAAGCACGCAGCGGAAGCCAAGCCCGAGGCCAGGCCCGAGUAUCCCGACCUGUACGACUUCACCUGCCGCCCCGCCACGCCGGGCUCCGCCCCCCCGCUGCAGGGCCCCUACGCCGGCCCCGACCUCUACAGCCACAGCCGCCCCCCCGCCGGGCCCCACCCACCGUCCUACGCUCCCGACGCGCACCCCCGGGCCACGCCCCCCCCCGGCCGACCGGGCGACGCCCUGCGCCUGGACAUGCUGGAGCAGCCCCCCCAGCGCCUGGACCUGGCGCUGGCCACGCAGGGGGGGGGCGGGCUGCAGGGGGGGGGCAGCGGCGGGGGCCACGUCCCCAGGGGCCGCUCCCGCAACGAGUCGGACCUCACGUGCGGCCUGGGGCCCUCCCGCUCCCCGAGCGCGGGCCUGGACGCCUACGAGGACCGCCCCCCUGCUCGCAGGCCCACCCCCGAAGGGAUAGGGGGUGGAGGGGAGCCCCCGGGGGGUCUACUGCCCCAUAGGAACAGUGCCGGUGAAGAGGCCGUCGCCAGCAGGGACCGCAGGUCACCCAACAAGCCCGAGUACCCUUACAAGAAAUCUGCACUUUGACCCCGGGGGCGGGGCAGAGAGGGGUGGGCGGGACUGAAGGGAAGGAGGAGGCGACUCUGCUCCUUUCCUCUGCAGACAGGGGAGCUCCGACCGGUGCACACACACCCCUCAGAGGACUCCGGCUGUAAGGCUCUAAGCACAGGGGGACCCGCUGAGGCUGCUGGGACAGGCCCCUCGGGCUGCGUCGCACGCCUCAACACGGCGCCGUGGACGGGCGGCUUUGAUUGGGAGGGCCGCUUGCCCGGCGGCGGUGGGGCUAGGCCCCCUAGCGGGGUGUUAGCUGGGCCCCCGCGCGGGCGCGCGGCUCGCCGUCGCAUGCCCACACUAACCUCAGCACAGCCGCUCGGCCGCAAGCCAGCCCAGUCGCAGAGUGCACUUUAACAGAGAAGCGCCGCCUUUUCUGUCUUUUUUAUUUUCUCCCUCCCCCUCCAGGCCCCAAGGCCACAGAGCAGGGUGAUGUUGACACUCCCGGCCCCUCUGAUUGGCUUAUUGAUCCUCUCUAUGGGCUCUUUCCAGUCGCUUAUUUUACCUCCUUGCAACCUUUCCCUGCGUCCUUGUCUCGCUUCCUUAGCUCCACCCAGUGGAGGACGCAAGGAAAGGAGGCAAGGACUGAGGAAUCGAGGAAACGUGUAUUAGGCAAAUGGAAAGUCCUUGCUCAGUGAAGUGUCAGUUUGAAGCCAUGUCAGACAUGGCAGAUGGGGAGAGGUGGAUCCACAGGUCAAUCGUUCAUGUCUCAAAAAAUACUUUCACAAAGGAUGCACUCCUUUCUCCUUGCUCAAGCGUCCUUCGGGAGCCUCCCAGCUCCUCGCUCGUAACUCCUUCAAGGAGCAUUUAACAGGUUGGAAUGUCCUUCAGGGCGGCGGACCUCGAUCAGUUUCAAGGUCAGUCGAGGACCGAGGAGAGGAGGACGGAUAAACUGAGCGAUUGGAAAGAGCCCGUAUGCCCUCGGCGUUAUCCGCCUUCCCAUGAUCCUCCCUCCCACAGCCCUCGCUUUCCAUUCAUUAUUUCCUUUCUUCCAGUACCAUAAUUGCAUCCCAGGCUAACAGCUAAAUAAUAAGAGCAUAACAAAAGGCUAGACUUUCAACAAUGUGCAGCAGCCGCGUAAUAUUUUCAGUAGUUUUUUUUGAUACUGGGGAAGAUAAUAUGUGCUUUUUUUUUUUUUGUUUGCCCGCAGUUUCCUCAGCUCGGUAAUGAAUAGGAUUUGCGGGUUAUUGUCCUGCCGUUUUCUAUUGUGCCGCGUUCGUCCUGCGAUGCACGGCCUCCCGUGUGAUGGAAGUAAUACCGCCGAGCGCUAGGUGGCUAAGGUUUGCCAGUAAUUCAGGGUUUGAUAAGGGGAACCCUGAAGGGCUCAAAAUGAAAUAAUAAUGAUUCUUUUUUAAUUCCCCUCCUGGCCGAGAGAUCGUGUUUUUGCCAGUGCUGUGAGUGUGAGGGAAACGGGCACGCCGGUGGAGCUGGCUGGCUUGUUGCUGAGCGGCGGGGACGGCGGUGGAAUCGGAGCCAGCCUGUCUCUCGUUAUUCCCAGGGUGCCGUUCUCCGGCCCUCCGCGCGUUAUCUCAGCCUGAGACGGCGCGCUGACCCAGGGGCUCCCAGCCGCGCGCUCUGAUGAAGCGCGGCCGGGCCGGCGGACGUGAUUUUAUUAUCGCGCCGCGCCGCGCGUUAACCCCGCCCUCCCGCCCGCUGUCCCGUCGACAUCUGAGCUGAGAAACCCUGUAACGCACGCCUGGACGUGGCAAAGCCAUCCGACCGACCUCAGCCAAGCCAGCCCCGCCGCGCCCCCCCCCGACUGCGGUCAGAGAGGCCCGCCCCUGACAGAGGCCGCCCUUCGUCGUCUCCGGACUCUGUGCCGAAGCUGGCAGCUGCGCGAUCGGGAGAAACGAUAACGAUCGUAAUGAUGUCAGCCCGGAGCCCGCUGACGAGGGGAGGGCCGGCCCCUCUUCUGGGAGCUGUGCCCCUCCAGGCUUUUCUCCAGUGGUUACAGCUGGAAAACAGACACCAAGGCUUCCACUAUGAGCCGGCACACCUGUACCGUGGGCAGCGCAAUCAGCCCCGCCCCCUCCCCGUCUUUAUCCCUUUACACCUGCGGCACUUCUAUUGCUCAUCGUAUUGCUGUUUAUCUCAGCUCCCUGUGGACCCCUCUCACUGGGUUUUACUGGUCGUACGGGCCCAAGCUGCACCGCAGGCCUGCCCAAGCUCGCAGCUGUGCGAUCGGGAGAGACGAUAACGAUCGUAAUGAUGUCAGCUGGAGCUCGGGGCUCGGCACAGGAAGCAGGGCGGCGCCAGAGCUUCCUCCCCGUGACCACGCCCUGCAGCCGAGGCCUCUCAUUGGCCUCCCGUUGCACAGGCAGACUCGAGCACACCGCCUCGGGGGGAGCGUACGGUCCUGCUGCGUCUUGUCACAGGAGCGCGCUCUCGCUGUGAGGGAAAGCGGGUUGGGGGGGGGGGGGGCAAUGCAGAUCAGCCCGAAGCACACCGUGAGCCAGGGGGAGGUGGGGCAGGGGCGUGCGCUCGGCAGACGAAGGGUUAAUGCUAAUGCUAACGUAUAGGUGAUCCUACAGAAGAUUUGCGUUCCACCUGGCUGUGCGGGUCCAGCUUAUGACCGUAAGACCCGUGGGAAUCGGACCCGGCGGCGCCACUCUGCGGUUAUUCCACGUGCUCUUUUUAAUCAAGCCUGUAAUUAGAUGCUGGUAACAAAACAACCUGUCUAAUUAAGUCCAUCAAGCUGCGUGCAAUCAGAAGCCGCAGUCAGACAACAGUACAGUUAUGCAGUAGGUGAAUUCCUCCUUUUCUUUCACCCACAAUUUCUUUCAAUGGCAGCAAAUGCAAUACACAAAGCUUUAACAUGUUGACUUUUUCUUUGCACUCCACUUGAAGACUGGAUCCCUCUCUCGCGGUGCUGUCCGUGUUCUGCUGAUUGUGGUGGUUGUCCGCUGCCGACGGUCUCCUGUGCGACUCUAUACUUGAACCGUGGCUUGCUCGCACACCCCUGAAACCUGCAUUUCCCUUCGUCCCUCCCACCAGCUCAAAUCUCAUAUAUCUCUACAGCGCCAUCUGCUGGACUGAUGUCGAAUGUGGACGGCAGUGCGCUCCAUUUCGACUGCCCUGUGCAAGUUUUCUACCUCUGUCCACCAAUGGAAUUUCCCCCCAAUCCCCUGUAACACCUGUGUAUGCGGUGUAUUGUUCUCAUAAUAACUCAUUUUCUUUUGUAUUCCAUACAACUGCUGCCAUAACUGCUUUUAACCAGGUAUUCUCUUAUAUGCAAUCCUCUGGUAUUUACGGAGUAUUCACAAAGUUAUGUUUUUACAUUUAUUAUUCAUCAUCAUUAUCAUAAUUUUCAUUGGCAAGAGCUGCAAGAAGACUGAAAUUACUGGCUAGCACCUUAAACGUGAAAAGACAUCAGUGAAUCCCUGCAGUUGUUGGGGGAGUCCUGUCAGCCCCUUUAAAGUCCUUUGUGGACUCUAAACCGUGAAGAUGUUUGUUAGUCCUCACGUUUCACUACAACCCUUUUCUCCACCAUCACUUAACGCCUCAGCCGCCAUGCUGUUCACCAGAGGGACAGGCUCGGCCUAACGCCUCAGCCACCAUGCUGUUCACCAGAAGGACAGGCUCGGCCUAAGGCCUCAGCCGCCAUGCUGUUCACCAGAGGGACAGGCUCGGCCUAACGCCUCAGCCACCAUGCUGUUCACCAGAAGGACAGGCUCGGCUCGGCCUAAGGCCUCAGCCGCCAUGCUGUUCACCAGAGGGACAGGCUCGGCCUAAGGCCUCAGCCUCCAUGCUGUUCACCAGAGGGACAGGCUCGGCCUAAGGCCUCAGCCUCCAUGCUGUGUUGGGGCUCAGGGCUUCUUUAGAGAGCGCCAUGGUCUGAGAUAAAACUGCAUCAACAAUACAAGUGUUUCCAAUGCUGGACGUUACCGUCCCUUCAUACACUGUCCUUUAAACCAAGUGUCUGAAAUCUCAGGAGCGAGUGCUCAGAAAUGGACUUGGAGGAAAGAGUGAGAAGAGGUUGGAGAAACAACUUUUAGUGGCUCCAAUCAGGAGAGGUAGUGUGGGGCGCAUCGGUGAAUACUUUGCACCAGGAGUAGUGUUUGGCUGCAGGACUCCUUUGCCUGGAGGGGGGGAGUGUACAGCGUACAUCUUUUUCAUUGUUGCCUUUGAUUUGUUGUAGUUAAUGACAAUCGUUAUGCUUUGACAAUCUUUCCAUGACCCCCACGUUCCAGUCCCACAAAAUGCUAACUGCUCCUGGAGGCAUUAUGUCCCCGAAACGCCUGUGUCUUAAAAUCUCUCUCUGACCCCGUGUGGAAAUGUCAUGACCCUGCUGAGCCAAGUACAGGCCAAGGAGCCGGAAAUAGCGCACUGACCCAGCCGUAGGCAUGAGGCCUUCCCUCGUCCAAUACAGAAUGGAAAUUCUGCACCACGGCGCAUUUGUUGAUGUUGUUGAUGCCGUCAUGGCUUUUCAUUUGGCAUAAUGCAUCAACUUAUUCAAUCUGAAUGAAAUGGUCUACGAUUCAAACUAGACUUUGAGCCAUCAUUAAGAAUAGACAAUGUCUGUGCUGGUGGCUCUUUUUUCAUUUUUAAAUUCCCUGAACAGCAGUUUGCCGUGUUAGCUGGGUUUCUUUGUAUUUGGGAUUAGCAGGUGAACCAGGUGAGAUGGUGACAUGGUUUUGGCGGUGCUGAAUGUUGGCGACUCCUCCAGUCCUCUCUGCUGUUUGUCUUAAAGACCGUUCAUCACAGAAUGACCCUGGCCCUCCCUCCUCAUUUCCACUGUGUUAUUUGCUCAUGUUGUACAUCUGUAGGUUGCUGAUCUCUUUGUUGAGAAUGAAGGGAUUGUAUAAAUAUUUGCUGAUCUCCGGAGAAAUUACUGUUGUAGCAUUGCCCCAUGUUAAUGGCCAUACUGAAAGCCAAUGUAAUUGGUUUGGUGAACCUGGACCCGCCUUGCUCUGAAAGAGAAAAGGGAACUUAGUAUUAUAUAUUUGUAGUCCGUAAAUAGUGUACAUGAACAAGAGGGACUGUGUUACUAAGUUGUGAGGUGCUUGAAGUAUAGAAAGUGGGGGGUUGGCAGAGUAAUUACGGUCAACGGAUGUUCAAAUUAAUGGUUCAACCUACAGUUUCAGACAACAUGAAUUUGUUUGGAAAUUCAGAUGUGAACCCUUUAAUAAGAGCCAGUCUGAGCUGCUUAAACAGGAACUUCCUCCUGACCUAGUUCUUCAGCGAGGCAGAUUAGAUGCAAGCUAUUUCUUUCCUUUUUUCUUUCUUUUUUGAGAUAUGGAAAGAUUCUCGAAAAUACAGACUAAUCCUUCAUCCUCUACUGCAUUUUAAGACUGACCUCCAGGGGAACUUUGCUCAACCCGUCAAGAAGUCUUUUUUUUUUUUUUAUACAUGAAAAGGAAACUACAGAAAAACGGGGCUGGAGUGUGUUGCGUGUGCUCCGUUUGAAAUGUGGCGAGACAGAACCCCUCCCCCCCCCCCCCCCCCCCCCCCCUCCCCCACGAUUCGCAAUUUCCAUCAACUGUCUCCUGCGAUUUGAGACGCCAUUUAUAUUUACAUAACAUGUCAGGUCUGACAACCUAUUCAUGAAUCACAACAAUGGCCAUCAGAGGCAAUCGGUUUUUGUUCAGUAGCAUUUCCCCCGAAGUCCAUCAGUGUGUAUCUCACUCGGAGAGCUGAUAGUAAAUGAUAAGGUGCUGAUGUGACAGUUAGUUGUAAAUGAGCUGUUAUUGGUUUGCAGUUCUUUGCACCUCCGAUGUACAAGACUUACCACUGCACUACAAUGGGCGUCUUAAUUCCCAAGUUGUUCAUCCGUCUGCGAUUGCUAUGAGGGUUAUGCUGUAUCACUAUCCAUAUCCCAUUCAUCCCAGAUGGACACGUUUCUUAUUAAUUUCAUUUUUAUUCGCGCGCUUCCAGCCAUAGCCUGCACUCAGUAUUAUCAGACGCCAUAUGAUCUGCUACAUUUAACUCUGUCUCGACGGUUUCGAAUAAAGUCUGCGUGGUUGAGUUAUUAUGCUUCUUUGCUUUGAAACACCGAUGCAAUGAUUUGAUCUCGCUAUGUGUUAAAAUUGGUGUGUCUGAAGUCCCAGAGACUUUAAAGUAGCACAAGAACUUUGAGAAGGUCAACAGAAACGUGUUUUACAUUUAUUCUCCAUGCCAGUUUUGUUGCAAGGAAAGUGGCUUCUGAGCAAAACCAGCUUUUUCCAUUUUCCAUCCAUGUUUGCUUCAUGGGGAAAAAAUGCAGACUACCAUGUUUUUAUUUUUUUAUUUUUAAUGGAUAGCUCGGUGGUUUUCUGGGAUGAUUUUCUGCCUUUUUCUUGGAGAUCCUCCUCGUGUUUUCCUUUGUAUAGAGACAAGUUAGUGCCUUCCCUGCCAGAGGCUGGGCAUUUUCUUGAGAAGUGAACUUUUGUCCUAUGCAAGUGUUUUCUACAAACCUGCAUAAACCAGUCCUUUGUAAAACUAGUAAUGCUUCAUGUAUAUAGUGUUUUUGGAAAAAAAAUAGUAUUUUUUAAUUUUUAGGUACAUUUGAACAGAAACUUCUGGAAAUUUGUGGUUUGGUAAAUAUAAAUUUUUAUAUAUAUAAAACAAAGGUGGGUUGUAUUUGUUGUAUAUAUAUAAACACUUUCUUGUAGAUUCCCAUAACAAGUUGUACAAAGUUUCACUGGUUCUAUUUUUCUACUGUCAUCUCAAAGGGGGGUGUAACAGUGAUAAACUUAAAUUUGCAACUAGGUGGCAUCUUCAGAAUAAACUGCUUCCAUGGAAA